UGUAAGUGUGCGGUUCAGGAAACGGAAAGAUACAAGCGGCUAAUUAUUAAAAAAGAAUCUAAAAAAUAAAAAAAAUAUUUAAAAAAAGGAUAAGCGUGUCGAAUAUAGAAACAAAUAUUGAAAAGUGUACAAAUAGUAAGAUAGUGAGAGUGGACGAGAUCUAAAUAUAUUUAAGCGAAAAUCACACAAAUCACUAAGUAAUAUGGAAAAUUAACGAAUCCUCAACAGUUCCCUCCAUGUGUUUUCAAUGAAACGAAAAUCUGCCCGCUAAUACCACACCCAAUGCUCGCAUUCCUAAUCAAGGCUGUUCGCAUUUAUCGAGGCAACCGGAGCAGCGAUUUCUUAACAAAAAAUCAAUAAAUAUGAAUUUAAAUUGCUGAAAGUGUUCUUCGGCGCGGGCAUAAAUAAGUAAUAUCGCAUAUGGUUCCAGGCGACUGACUGCGCCAUUUGCGAGUACUUCUAAGCCUUCUCGUAAUUGACGUUUGAUUGCACGUGCCCGGCCAUGGAGAAGGCCAACUUGCCACCUGUCCGCUGCGUGGCCAUGCAUUAAAAAGUCCGAAGCGAGGGGAAGCGUGCGGGAGGUCCGCGCACCGCCCACCGCCCACCACCCACAGCCAGAGAGGCGGCAGCCACCCACCAGAACCGCCCGGCGAACACCCGGAGCAGCCCCACCCACACACAUGACCGCGUCACGAGCGGCGAAUCGAACGUGACACAUGGCGAUGUACUUUUAUGCCAGCAAGAUAUCAGCCAUCGCCUGCGGAACGCGUUGCAAGCAGACCGUGCUGCAGAAGUCGCGGGGUCAGCGCGAUCGCGACAAAUGCAGCCGGCACCACCACCAGCACCACCGACGCCACCACCGGCGACGGUGCCACAUUAGCGGCAGCAGCAGCAGCUCCGACAGCGAGUCUGCGGAUGACUGCUGCCUCGAAGCGGGAGUGGAUGCAUCGGAGGCGGCGGGACGGGGAGGAGCGGAGGCACCUCCUACUGGCGGAAUUUUCUCCCUGGACCCAGGACAUCUGACGGCGGAGACCGCGCUCCUGGGCGCCAACAUUCGCUACAGGCGACGACACAGCGCCGAGCAGCUGAGUGCCUACAACCUGGAAAUGGGGUUUCAGCAAUUAGAGCUUGGCACCAUAAAAUCGGUUGGGCCAAAACAGGACGAUUUGGUCCAGUACGAUGUGCCCAAAAACCCGCACAAACGCAGCCAAUGUGAUAUUAAUUUUGAGAGCUCGGUUUUGGGAUCCGGUGGCAUUAUGUACAUAAACGGUAGAAUAGUUUCUGGGCCAUUGGACUCCCUCAUCGAAUCGCUUUUGCCAAAGGACGUCGUGGAUUUAGAUAAGGAAUUUGUAUUCUCGUUUUUAUUAUCCUCCCGCUUGUUCCUGCGACCCCACGAACUGCUGGGCAGACUGCUGGACUCGGUACCUGAACGGGAGUGCCUGGAGUCCCUGGUUUCCCUCCUGGCCGAGUGGACGAUGAAGUUCCCCUACGACUACCGGGAUGAACGGAUGAUGAGCCAUGUCAAACAUAUCGUUGUCAGAUGUUCCAAUUCGCAUUUGGAAGCCGCCGUCUCCCAAACACUGAGUGCCUUACUAAAACGACUGACUGAUUUAGAGAGACAUGAGGCGGACCUAAGAGCCUGCCAGACCAACGACAAGUCUGCAGCAGAUACUCAACUCAACUGUCCGACGGCCACGCAAUACGCACAAAUCGUUUGUCGGCUGGAAAAGAAGUUGGCCAAACACGUUGGCGGCGAGGAGUUCCUCCAGUGCAGCAGCAUGAUCCUGCUCGACAAACAGAAGAAAUGGGACCAACCAUCCACGUCGGGCGCACCGCCAGGAGCCCAGGAUCCGAAGAAGACGUGCAACCUGGAGACCUACCUGGAUUGGUCGGCACGUCUGCGUCUGUUUGUCUGCAACGAGAUCCUGCAGAGCGGUGGCAUCGAAGGCCGCAGUCGAACCGUGGAACUCUGGAGCGGAGUGGCCCAAUACUGCCUGCUGGUGGGCAACUACAACAGUGCCACUGCCAUUCUGGAGUCCCUGGAAUCCCCGGCCAUUGCCAGGCUUAAAGUUACGUGGAGUAAAUUGCAAGUGACGUGUCAACAAUUGGACUGCAUGCAGCGCCACGCCGAGGGCCAUGGACAUUUGUGGCAGAAGCAGGCCAUCGUCUUAAAUGAGCAGCAAGAGGGUCUCAAGACUGAUAAGCAGCCCAAGGAGGAGGCAGCUGCGGGAGGGGGCGGGGGACCUGCCACGCCCUCAAUGGCCCCUGCAAUCGCCGUCCCGGAUGAGAAGCCCUCGACAAGUGGGCGAGUGACUGGCAUCCCAGGCACUUCCGCUGCAACAAUAGAAACUGGCCCAGAGCCUGCGGCUGGCAGCAGCAGCAAUGUGGAUGCCGCACCGGCAACUGCAACAUGUGCGGCAGCAACAUCGGGCCCGGCGGCAGCAACAACCACACCGCUGGCAACUUCGGGCAAGCCAAAUGAUUGGGUUGUUAUUCCAGUGUUUGCGGAUAUUGUUAAACUGGCAUUGGGCGAGCGUGAGAACUGUUUGCAGCGCUUAGCAAAUGGCCACAUCAAUAUGGCGGCCUUCGAUCGAAUGGCGGCCAUUGUGGGCGCGUUCACCAAACACAUGCAGGCGAUGAAGGCGGCCCCGGCGCCAUCUAGCGGCGAGUAUGAGCACUUCUGCCGGCACAUGCAAAAAACUACAAAACUUGGCGAGGCGGAAUUAAUGAUGGCUUCGUUCGACUGCGAGGAACCUAAUAAUGCCGAGAAGCUGAUGUACGACUUAAACUAGUCGUGUACUUUAGAACAUUUGUAGGCUUAACUAAAAAAUACCGACUAAGAAUGCAUUUAAUGUUAACUAAAACAGAAACUGUAAAUACAUGCUAAAACAAGCACUUAGAGACCUAAGAUACUAAUCGAUAAGUAGCUAUCAAUAAACAAAUAAGCUGUAAAAACUAUUUAACAUUAGUAAUAUGUGUGUACAUGGAAUAUUUGUAAAGUAA